AUGACGCCAGCCUCAGGCGGAAGCAACCAGGGCACGUCUACAUUCACAUUCAAUGACGAUGCAGCUGUGUAUGCUAAGGCGACCGAGGACGCCAGACUGGCAGAGCAAGUCAAUGACCUUCCUCGUCAAUACGGUCAAGAGGUCACUGCCAAAGCAGGCUCCGUCAUCAGCCUUCCCCGUCUGGCGGACAUUAUCAAGGUGCAAGCAAUAGACACCCAAUCUGAGCAGGCGGUCGUUUCUGCCUGGCAUGGUCUCAAGCACGUCCACAACGACGCAUCAACAUCUGACGGUCGGAUGCCUACUUUGCAGCACCCACGAGCGAUAGUUGCACAUUGA